AUGAAUGGAAAUUCUCUUCUUGAAAUUUGCUGUUAUUAUGGUUCAGCCCAAUGUUUCAAGCUUUUAAGAACUAAAUUCAACUCAGAGAUUACUCAAGCUUGUCUUGAUUUCUCGUUUUUGGGAGGCAAUCCAGAAAUCAUGAGUGAAUGUUUGAAAGUUCAAAAACCAAAAGAAAAUUGCAUGAAGAAUGCUAUCAUUUCUCAUAACAUUGAUUUUGUAACUUUCUUGGUGAAUGAGUAUGAUCUUGAAAUUGAUUUGGAAAUGUGUGGCCGAUUCAAAAAUUUCCAAGCAUUCUUAGUCUAUUAUGAUCUAACAAAUGAUUCCAACAAAUGCUUUGUUUAUUCACCUCUGUUUAAUAAUCAAUCCAUCUGCGAAUAUUUUGUUUCUAAUGGAACAAAUAUAAAUUCAACAGAUCAAAAAGGAAAAACUGCUCUUCACAUUGCAAGCUAUUAUAAUAUCAAAGAUAUUGCAAAAUAUCUCCUUUCGCAAGGUGCUGACAUCAAUACAAAAGAUAAAGAUGGAUCAAGUGCUAUUCGCUUAGCUGUAAUUGAUGGUGGUUUCGAAACAGCAGAACUUCUUCUUUCCUAUGGUGCCAAUAUAAAUGAAAAGAAUAAUCAAGGUGAUACCAUUUUCCAAGAAGCUUUAUUGUAUGUUGGCGAAGACAGAGCAAAGUUUCUAAUUUCCCAUGGGGCAGAUAUAAAUGCAAAAAAUGAAAUAGGACAAACAAUUCUUCAUCAAGUUGUUUUGAUGCAUCUGGAAAAACACAUCGAAUUCAUCAUUUCCAAUGGUUUUGAUAUUAAUGCAAAAGAUAAUCGUGGAAUGACAGCUCUUCAUUAUGCAUCAAUGUCUAAAAGCAAAGAGAUCGCAAAUAUUCUUAUUUCUUACGGAGCUGAAAACAACAUAAAAGAUAAUAACGGAGAAACACCACAAUCAAUUGCAGAAUAUUUUUUAAAGGAUGAAGAGUAA